AUGGAAGCAACCAGCAUGAUAGAGACUGAAUACAAUGAUGAAUAUGAUGCCUACGAGGCCAUGAUGAACCGUGGAGCCUUUCUGAGAAAACUCCGCCAAAUGGCCGAGGAAGACGAAGCCCAUCGUGAUGUCGUCGUACUACCCGUACUAUCAUCUUCGAAGGAUGUUGAGAUUACCGUUGAUCACGAUACUCUUUGUUAUCACUCCUACCUGUCCGUUCAAGCAGUCUAUGAUGACUACAAACAUGUGAACUACCGACAAAUUGAUUUUGGAAUUGUAGGCGACAGUCCAUUGGUGAUUGCCCAAGACCGGACGGUGGGAAAGGGUGGAUUCGUUUGGGAUUCGGGAUACAUUCUUGCGGAACAUGUUGCCAGGGUCACAGAGUGGCAAACAGGAAGCCCCAGUGUCGUUGAAUUGGGCGCUGGAACCGGAGUCACUGGACUAUUUGUAGGACGACAAGUCCCUCAGGCACAAGUUCAUUUGACAGAUCUUCCACAAUUGUUGCCUUUGAUGGAGAAGAAUUCCAGCACUUCCAAGAAUGUGACUGCUGGAGUUUUGGAAUGGGGACGAAAUGUUUCGGGACAAGAAUACGAUGUCAUUCUUGGUGCCGAUGUCGUGGCUUCUAUUUACGACAGCUAUGGAUUGGCCAAAACGAUAUAUGACUUGUCGCAUGAGCGAACCAAAAUUUACUUGGCCUGUAAAGACCGAUUAUCAGGCAGUAUUGAAGACUUUGAGGGUCAGAUGAAAAACAUGUUUGAACACGUUGGUAGAAGCAAGCCUAACAGUUCCAACAAUAAUCCCAAGGUUUGGAUAUUCGAAAUCAGUGGAAAACGCGUCACUCAAUGA